UAAAAAAGUGGCAGCAUCACUUUGCCGCAGUGACAUCCCGCUCUUGAACACACCCUGCUGCAGCCUCCAGAGCAGCCACACUGAGCACAUUCUGCGGUGUAUCAUCACGAGGAGAUUCGUCGAGCUGCUACAACACAACUGAGCAGGAUGGCUCUUAAUGAUAAAGACCCAAUCCCUGCAGGGGGGACCCUCUCCCCAGGCCAACUGCAGUCCCACCUCAAGAUGGAGCCCAAGACUCUGGGGGCGAUCCAGAUUGUUAUUGGGGCUUUGAUUCUUUGUCUCAGUGCCUCUGUGCUCCAGAUCCAUGAGGUCCACUUUACAGGGGAUGUGGCCCUGUUCCUGAUUGUUGUCAUACAGGUGACCCUGUCUGGUUCUGUGUUGGUCCAUAGUGGGAGGAGACCUACUCUACUCUGGGUGAAAUGCACGCUCGUGCUGCAUCUCAUCAGUGCCGCAUUUGCCACUGCUGCACUGGGUCUGAUGUCCAAACACCUCCCCUACCGCCAGGACUCUUACCACUGUGAACACUGUCGCAGACUGGAGCUACAUGCCGUGCAACAUUGUUUCAGGAAAUGCACCGGGCUGAUCGAGCAAAAGUGUAAACUGUUGAUUGACGGGAUCCUGGGGACGCUGGUGGUCUUCCUGGUGUUGGAGCUGUUGAUCUGUAUCACUGCUAUGCUGUUUGGACUCAGUGUCCUUGCUGCUGGUGCCACUAAGGCUUCCAGCCAGAGACCUGUCUAUCCACAGACCCGCCCCCCACUUGCUCCAACUGUGCAGGCUGCUGCAGCUGAACCAUCUCAGCAGGUGGCUGUAGUUGUGACUGAACCAGAUUCAGAGCAGAUGGAAGACAUCUCCACCCCAAGCACUGAACCCCAGGUGGAGCCUAUAGAGGCUGUGGCUACAGAACCCUGAAAUCAGCACUCACUGCCCCUUGUGGUGUCAUGUCAUGUCAGACAUAGAAGGAAUAUGGAUGUCAACGAGGAAAGACUACUCCUUUCAGCCCUCUGGUCAUUAUAAUUAAGACUUGUUUAUCCUGAUGACACAUGCAUCAUCUCAGGUGACAACGUGACUAGAAUCAGUGUAUAAAAUACUCAAUAUACCAUAUCGACAAGAUUGCCAUUUUCCUCUGAAAUCACACUUAAAUGCUAUUAUGAACAAAAUAAUGUUGUACUGCUGUGAUUCAGGCUUAUAAAUCAUAUAAACACAGGGAAUCUGACAAAUUGUUAUCAUUUCAUAGGUCGAUAACCAAUCAGUUACUGAAAAGACAAUGGAUAUCUUGGAGGCACAGGGGACCUGAGCGUAAUAUCAGAGGAAAGUGGCAGCGGUGUGAGUAUGGUCUAUUGGCUGCACGUAUAAAGAACAUGUUCUCAUAGUAAGCAGAAAGCAAAUAGGGUCUAGGGUAUAUGCACUUCACUAAUAGAGUGUUCACAUUUAGUGUCAAUUAGAAUGAAGGUAGAUUCUAUUUGUAACCAGGUACUAUUUUGCCUUUAAAAAGUCUCAAACUCAUUUACCAAAACAUAUUUCAUUGCGGAAAUAACUUGUUUCUCAGUUGUUAAAGUAACGUUGAGUUUAUAUAAUGGUAUUCUCAAGUCUUCUUAAUGCCAGUCUACAGUGAACUGAUGAAAAAGUUACAGCAGCCAAGCUAAAAUUGUUCAUCAUCUGUUUUCAUAUUUUAGACUUAUUAUUAUUGAAAUCUAAAGGAGUACUUCAGUGAUUUUGUUCCCUCAUUAUGUUAGGAGACUCAAAAUAAACAUAUUUAAACACAAUGUUUAAACUGUCAGCAGCAGAUGCUGAGAUAUGGGGAUAUAUCUAUCAGUUUUCAUGGAGACAGUGAGAUAUGUAUUGUAUGUUGUGAUCACAAAAGAUAAAUAAUUUGUGAUCUUUUAUUAUUAUAUACUUACAAACUCUGAAUAACAAAGCUAUAUGUGAAGCAAUUUAAACAAGAAGCACCUUUACUGAGCUCACAUUUAGAUGAAAACUGACAUUAUUGUGGCACUGCUCUCAUCACUUUCCUGGUGAGAACUUUUGUAUAGAAGUGAUUCUAUAGCUAGCAUUCCUGUACUUUGUCACACUCGUUUCACAUACAAUUUGAGGGGCUGAGACUCAUAAUGUCAGUAUUCCCUGAAAUCUACUGAGCCCCAUGUCACAGUUUUCCUGCACAGGCUUGUUGUAUUUGUAGAAACCACAGGAUGGCAUGAUUUACUGCAAAUGAAUAUAAUGAACAUUUUAAUCAAUGCAAAUAAAUAAAUGGUAAAUGGAAAA